AAAUGUCAUUCUUUGUUUGUCAACAUCAACAACCGUCAAAAUGUUCAAGAAUCAACAAUGAUCCAUUUCAGGCCAUGAUUUGAUCCUCAAAGUCUCAACAAAACAGUCUCUGACAUCCUGGAACAAACCUGCUCAUCAAAAUUUCAAGUCACGCCAUGGCACUGAUUACCAAGUUCACAGUUAAACAUCUUCUUGGUUUGGGAACGAAAACCGUUCAAACGGUUGCUACAAGAUCAGCACACAAAAAAGGCGAAACACAAAGUAAUUCUUACAUUAUCAUCAGACCAGAUAAACAUAACUACUCAGAAAUUGUCGAUGUAAUGUACGACAGUUAUUUUCGAGAUGAACCAAUCGUUAGAUGUCUUGGAGUCGGAAAGAUGCCGAACAGCGUUUUAGAAGAAGAAAUUGUACGGGAAUUAUCACAAGGUUUAAGUUUAAUUGCAAAGUGUAAAUACGACGGUUGCAUCGUUGGAGGAGCCAUUAAUUGCGGAGCUUGUCCAUGGGAUCCCGACGUUAUGGACAAGUUUGCGUGCACUUUAAGCAAUCAAAAAAUGCGACAAUUAUUUCAAUUUUGGGCGUACAUCCAAAGAGCGCCGAAUCUUUGGAAUUUAACAUGUACGAGAAAAAUUUUUGAGAUUUCCCAUCUAUUCGUUUUACCCGAUGAAAGAAAUAAGGGUUUAGCUAGCCAAUUAAUUAAAAAAUCAAUAGAAACUGGUGCUGAUUGUGGGUUUACUUGUAUAAGGGUUGAUGCGAGUACCGCAAAAACUGCAAAAAUUUGUGAAAAGAUUGGAAUGAAAUUGGUUUAUGAAAUUCCUUAUUGUAGUUAUCUUGGAACUAAUCAAAGACCAGUAAUUGAACCCCAUCCAACUGAAACAUCUGUAAAAACUUAUGUAACAACACCACAUUUCCCUAAAAAGAAGUAAUAACAAGGUGAAAAUUAGUGUGCAUGGUUUAAAGUAUAACAUACGACAUGAUAAAAUAAAUAAUGGUCAGAGAAUAA